AUUCUAGGAUGCUCGUAUCCGCCAUCUUAGUCGUGCCACUACUAUUGCUACACUCUAACUCCGACAUCUGAUCUCGACUUCGGCGCACGAUCCUCGAAGGACCACAUCCUCUCCCUUCGCGACGUCACGACACGGCCAACAAAUAAGGCUUCCUCGAUCAUACACGAUUCCCACAUCAUGCAACGAGAACAACAGCAGCAGCAGCGCCCGCCACCGCCGGCCUAUAUCCAGCACGAACCCGAGUCCCUCAACCUCCCAUCCGUUCCGACACACGCUCUCCCUUCUCCACCACAGCACAAUGACAGACUUCCGGGAAUAAGAUCUCUCGACCUUCCCAAUGCCUCGCCUGCAGUGCGCAAUGCAUCCAACCUCGCAGAUCUUGGCGCGAGCAACUCGGGAGAUGCCAUGCAGUGGGCGGCAUUGCCUCCACUCAACAGUGCGACAUUUCCCAAGGUGCCGGACAAUAUACCACGAGGGGGCAUGGAUGUAGACGUUGGCAGUCCUAUGGAUACGGGUAGUGUGGCGAGCAUACACGAUGAUGCUGCCCGACGGAGAGAAGCGAGCAUAUUGAGCAUGGACGAUGACGAAAGAGCCGCUGCGGAGGCAUUGUCAGGAUUGGGGAAUCCAGAUUAUGCCCGCUCCCCCGCGUCCCGAUCCAUGACCAUAUCUCGCGACACAGCGAGCGCAGAGCCAGAACCGCUCCUAUCGCUCAUCACAUCGAAUCAUCCCUGGCUGGGCGGGACCAUCAACGGCUCUAUAUCUGCCUAUAACACAACCAAGACGUACUCGCCUCGCUUCGUCAAAUACGGCGCCGAGCUGAUCGAGCGCAACAUCGGCUCGACGGUAGUCAACACUGUAUCUUCCGUGGGCCGGCGCACAGGAGUGGAGAAGAACCUUCGUCGAUAUCUAGGCGAAGUCCAUCGCCGACCCAGCGAUCUCGAGCAAGGCGACUCAGAAGUGGCACGCAAACGUCCCAGACGAGGAAGCCCCAAGCCCACGGCCGAUGCCAUGGACAUCGACGAGGCCUUCACUACCCGCACAAGAGGCGGAUCGCAUUCGAGCUAUGCGGAGACACUCCCCGCAUACGACGACCAGCGCUCGCCAAAGUACGAAGAGACUGUCGACACAGACAAUGAGCAGUCAACGGGCGAAAAGGCCGACCCGGAAACAUCACAAGACCGCCGUGUCAACUGGUCGACCCAGUUGAUAAUGACAACGUCCGGCUUGGGCGUUGCACUAUCCGACACCUCCCUCCGCUCCCUCAAGAUCUGCCUCAGCCUGCUGCGCAACGCAACCACAUCCAUAGACUCAAUGAUGCGAGCAUUGAAGCUCGUACUGGAGGAAUACGAAUCCGCCGUCUCCUCUUCACAAUCUGACUACCCCGACGAGAAGGCCCUCCACCGCCAAGACUCAGACGCUGCCGCCAAAGACGCCCACGUUCGUCAGAUCGCCAACAAGAUGCAGGCGCUUUCGACGGACAUCUGGCAAACAUUACAGCGCGUCGUGCAAUCCGUCUCGCACUACGCAGGCGGUGCCCUCCCACAAAAUGCCUCACAAGUCGUCCGCACACAGCUGCUCUCGAUUCCACAACGCUGGGCCUCCGCCUCUCGGACCGCCAACGAGCAACGCAACGGUCACGGCGAGCAGUCGCAGGGUGCUGUUGGCGGCCGCGACGAGGAGACCGCAGGCGGAGGCGAGGUCCGCGGCGCAAACAGGAUGGUUGCAUUCGCGCGGGAAGGUCUCGACAUGAUCGGACAGAUCACGACCGUCGUCGACGGCACCGUCCAGAGCGCCGAGGCGUGGCUCGACAGGAUGGGUAGGAAGAAUGGCGGCAGCGCUGCCCGCGAGAGCGUGAACGGAGACGAGAGUGCCGCCGGCUCCAACAACUUCCAUCAGGGGUUCAAGCCUAUCAAUGGCAAUGGUACUCCUACGACUACCGUCGUCAACGGCACUGGCAAGCCGUUCUCACCAAAGGACGAGAAGACCGGUUUCUAAACGUCUCGCCUUUUAGUCUCUGUUGAGAAUAUUACUACUUGCCUUCAUCAAUGCGAUACCUCCUCCUUUCAUCUUCUAUCAAAUAUAUCCCCACAUUCACACCUCGAUAUCUCAACAUCUCACUAAAACAAUCUUUCACACCAUGUAUCUAUCUAACGAAAAUCCCCCACCAUCCACACACGGAUAUUCCAUACACAUA